AUGGGUCGACUAGCGGAGAUGCAGAGGAAGCUCCUCGAGCAAAUGAUGGGCCCUGAGGCAAUGGGAGUUGCCAAUGCCAACCUCGUCUGGUCUGAUGAUAAAGUUUGCCGGAACUUUCUGUGCGGGACAUGCCCGCAUGCACUUUUCACAAACACUAAAAUGGAUCUUGGAGCAUGCCCAAAAUCACACACGGAGCGAUUGAAGACAGAGUUUCUAGCAGCUAGAGAGGUAAACCCGAGUGAUCCUAUAUUUUCUCGUUUCCAAAUGGAGUACGAGUCGAACAUAUUUGCCUUUGUGGACGAGUGCGACAGAAGGAUUCGGGCUGCGCACCGAAGGUUGGAGAAGACACCAGAGGAGAACGCGAAGACAACCAAUUUGAUGCGAGAAAUUGCUGAGAUCGAGUUGGCUAUUCAGGGUGGGACUGAGAAGAUCGAGACCCUUGGUGAACAAGGAAAGGUUGAUGAGUCAAUGAGGGAGAUGGCCGCCAUUGAAGCUUUGAAGAGCGAGAAAUCAGAAAAGGAGCGCGAGCUUCAGCAACUCACGGAUACGUCCGGAGCCUCCGGCCAUCAGAAACUCCGGGUGUGUGACGUUUGUGGUGCAUACCUUUCUGUGCUUGAUUCCGACCGGCGCCUUGCGGACCACUUUGGAGGCAAGAUGCACUUGGGUUAUCACGAGUUGCGAAACAUGCUAGGUAAGUUUCGGGAAGAACGUGAAAAGCGUAAAAUGCCACCUCCGUCUUCUGCACCUCCCUCCGGCGCAGCCGGGGGUGCAAGCAAACCCGGCGGUGACCGAGGAAGCGAUCAUCGGUCAUCACGUGAUGAUCGUGAACGUGAACGAGGGUAUGAUAGACAUGCAUCGAGAUAUGAGUGA